ACCAAUCAGAGCGGGGGUGACAGCAGCCAGGGGGCGGGAUACAGCGUUGUGAUUGGCUGAAGCGCGCUCCUCGCAGCCAUCUUUCCGUCCCUUCCUUUCCUUUCCUGAAAUCCGAAUCGAACGAAUGUUGUUAGUCAGAAUUCAGUUUCUUAUUCUGAAUUCCUCUCCACUGUAACGGAUCAUUCCCGUGUAUCCAGACAGAGAUGUCCCGCGGUCGGAGGAGCACGCACUUCUGGAGCGAGGAGGAGACGGACCUGCUCCUGCAGACUCUGAAGCAGAUGAACAUCGACCGCUACACCGACGGACGCAAGCACCGCAACAGCCUGAUCUUCCGCAAGGUGUGCGCGAGGCACCGGGAGGCGGGGUUCGCGCGCUCCUGCGACCAGGUCAAGCAUCGCUGGAAGACCCUCAAGGCCAUCUACUACAAGGCCAAGAGACAGUGCAGCGGCUCCAGCUUCAGGCACUUCGACACGAUGGAGGAGAUCUUCGGACACAGGCCUCUGGUGCUCCACAUGACCCCCGACAGCGGGGACGAGCAGAGACACGAGCACGCGCUCCCCGACAGCAGGGACGAACAGAGACACGGGCGCGCGCCCCACGACAGCAGGGACGAGCAGAGACACGGGCGCGCGCCCCACGACAGCAGGGACGAGGAGGAGGAAGAGGAAGAAGAUGAGGAAGAGGAGGAUGAUGUGCUGGAGGAGGUGGAGGGGGGGGUUCAGGAGCUCCAGUCAGUGAAGAUGGAGGACGAGCCGCUGGUCCUCACACAAGCAUCACACGAGAGCUCCAGCACGUCCACAGAGAGCCCCAGCGCCGCUCCAGGUGUACUGAAGCGCAGACGCUCGUGUUGUGCCGGGCUGCACAGUCAGUAUCAGGGCUUUCUGGAGAGACUGCAGCAGACGCAGAACGCCUGGCUGGAGCAGCAGCUGGAGCAGAGUCACGUCCGAGAGGAGCGUCUGGUGACCCAGGUGCUGGCCGAACACACACGCUCCAUGGAGGCGUUGGUCAACCAGCUGUUCGCAGGCCUGAGGAGCCUCCUGCCCCCGUCCUGUCCCCAUCCCCAGACAUCAGCCCUGCAGAGCAGCACUCCUGAAUCCUGAAUCACACACACCAGACUCACACUCUUCAUCCUGACCCUUUCUCAGAGAACAUAUUCAGUAGUCCUGGACUGAUAUGGUAAAGGUAGUGAUAACUAGAGAUGGGCUUAUCGAUCCUAAAAUAUCACAAUAUAGCGAUAUUGAUGCAAAUAUUGGAAGUAUCGAUUUUCAAAUGUAUUUUAUUUACCAGUUACUUUGUUUCGGUUUAACUACAGUAUUUGUAGAUUUCCACUACAGUAAAUUAUACAGCUCUAUAGUAAACCUUUUUCAACCGUGUGUAACAGGGAUGGGGUGAUAAGGACAAAUAUAUCACGAUAAUUUCUGGUAUUUAUUGUGAUUUAAUGAUAUCAGUGAUGAUAAUUCAGGGCAUUAUAUGCAUCCAUGACAAAAAUAACAAAACAAUCCUGUUUCUUUAGAGAAAAGUAUUAUCUUUUCUAUUUUUACCAAAACAAUGGUGUUGUUAUGGAGUACACACAUAAUGUAAUUAGGAUAGAGUAUUGUUAUAAUUUUAUCGAUUCUGGUUGAGAAUCCGCAUAUCGAUUACAAUUCUUUACUGUUCCCAGUUUCAAUUCCAGUUUGAUUAAAUAAUGCUAUCAAACAUU